CAUACACAACCAAAUUAGCCGCGCACAAGGCGCGUUACGACGUGGAAUUAGAUGGGUAGGCUAGGCGCGCAUCACGCGCUCAGACGCUACGUGUAGGAAAACCACGAACAUCGUGUAUAUACUGUGUGUACAUGACGGAGCCUAUUGAUAAUCAUUCAUCCACACGCGGGAAGAAAAGCGGGAUCUUUAUCCGCGGAUCCCCGCCGUGUAUUAUAAUACCAUGAUUGGGGUGUUCGCUUUUUGUCAUAUAGCCAAUUAGUGCACUGUGUGUGUGUGUAUGAUACAGCGUCUUUAUACCCGAGUGUCAAUAUGUCCAAUCCAGCGGCCAACGCUCCACCAGCGCCCACCACCAUUGUCCUGCAGACCAAGGCGCCAGCGACCACCGUCACCGCUGAGGGCGACAAAAAGUCCAGUAUCCCGACAUCGCCCGGAGCCGGAUCGAACGGGACAGCCGGCGGCAAGCCAGCCACCGAGGCGCAGAAUAUUAAGAUUGUCGUCCCCGAUAAGCCCCUGUCAUCCGCCUGGCAGAAGACCCUCGCCAACGCCACCGCCGCCGCCUACGCCAGUAAAAGUGGCGCCAAGCCCAAGCCCAAUCCGGUCCUCAUGGGCAAACCAGAGAACCGGCCCACCCGUGCCCUCUUCUGCCUGUCCCUCACCAAUCCCUUCCGCCGGUGGUGUAUUAAGAUUGUCGAAUUAAAGGCCUUCGAUUAUUUUAUCCUGGUGACGAUUUUUGCUAACUGUAUCGCUUUGGCGAUUACCACGCCGUAUCCGCGAUACGAUUCCAACAGUAUCAAUCAGUUUUUGGAGCAAUUCGAGUACGUCUUCGUGGUGAUCUUCACAACAGAAUGCUUCCUGAAAAUCUGCGCGUAUGGGUUUCUGAUGCACUCCGGUGCGUAUCUGCGCAACGGGAUGAACCUGCUGGAUUUUAUGAUAGUCGUAAUUGGGCUGGCCAGCACCAUCAUCCCGCUGAUGGUGCCGACGCCCGAGGGCGGCAAGAAGGCUCCGAAGGACGCCUUCGAUAUCAAAGCGCUGCGGGCGUUCCGCGUGCUCCGUCCGCUGCGGCUGGUGCACGGUGUGCCCAGUCUACAGGUCGUGCUCAACUCCAUCCUGAUGGCCAUGGUCCCGCUGCUACACAUCGCAUUGUUGGUGCUGUUUGUCAUUAUGAUCUAUGCCAUUAUCGGAUUGGAAUUGUUUAUGGGACAACUGCAUAAAGCCUGUUAUGACAAUGUUACCAAAAAGAUCGUCGAUGAACCGGAGCCGUGCGGAUACGAGACGAGUCCCGGUGUGUCGCUGGUGUGCGAAGCCGAGCAAAUAUGCCAACCAGCCAAUGACGAAUGGGCGGGUCCCAACGAUGGGAUUACGAAUUUCGACAAUUUUGGCCUGGCCAUGUUAACUGUCUUUCAGUGUAUUACAAUGGAGGGUUGGACGACUGUGAUGUAUUGGAUGAAUGACGUUAUGGGGAAUUUAUGGCCUUGGAUAUAUUUUGUUAGCCUUAUUAUUCUGGGAUCGUUUUUUGUGCUCAAUCUUGUACUCGGUGUUCUCAGCGGAGAAUUUUCCAAAGAACGCGACAAAGCUCAGAAAUCCGGUGCCUUUCGGAAGAAUCGCGAGCAGCAGGCCAUCGAUGCGGCAUUGCGGGGCUAUCUGGACUGGAUCACCCAUGCGGAGUUGGUGGAUGAGGAAUUCACCGAAGAAGGGGCGGAAAGCGAGGGCGGCCAUGAAACCGGGGGCCUGCGGCGCCGGCCGACCAUCAAGGGGAAACCGGAUCUGGAGGAGGAGGACACGGAGGAGAAGGCCAAAUGGUACGAGACCGAGCGGGUGAAGGCCUUCCGCAAAGCCAUCCGCCGGUCGCGGCGUGUGUGCCGGCGGGUGAUUAAGUCGCAGACCUUCUACUGGCUGGUGAUUGUGCUGGUCUUUCUCAAUACCUGUGUGCUGUCGUCGGAGUACCAUGGGCAACCGGACUGGAUUGGCGAUGUGCAGACCUAUACGAACCUCGUCUUCGUCAUCCUGUUCACCAUGGAAAUGCUGUUCAAAAUGUUCUGUCUGGGCUUCCAAGGCUACUUUGUAUCGCUGUUCAACCGGUUCGACUGUUUCGUGGUCAUCAGCAGUAUCUGCGAAUUUGUACUGUUCUGGUUCAAAAUCCUCCCGCCUCUGGGUUUAUCCGUCCUGCGUUCCGUUCGGUUGUUGCGCGUGUUUAAGGUCACGCGGUAUUGGAACAGCCUGCGGAACCUGGUGACCUCGCUGCUCAACUCCAUCCGCUCCAUCGCCAGUCUGUUGUUGCUGUUGUUCUUAUUUAUUCUGAUUUUUGCACUGCUGGGAAUGCAGCUGUUCGGGGGGCGGUUCAGUAUGGAGGGAGAAACUGAACCGUAUCGGAAUAAUUUCGAUAGUUUCUGGCAAGCGCUGCUGACGGUUUUCCAGAUUUUAACCGGCGAGGACUGGAACGAAGUAAUGUACCAAGGCAUCAAGGCGUUUGGGGGUGUGGACUCGAUCGGGAUCCUGUGUUCGUUGUUCUUCAUAAUUCUUUUUAUUUGCGGCAACUAUAUUCUGCUCAACGUCUUCUUGGCCAUCGCCGUCGACAAUUUAGCCGACGCGGAGGAAAUGACAGAAGAGCAGAAAGAGGAAGAGGAGCAGAAGAAGCAGAAGGCCAGCUCGUCGCGUCAGGGGUCAUUGGCAUCGUCCACCUCGCAGCGCAGCGUCAAAGGAUCCAUUCAUUCGCAUGAGCAUGUCAAGAUCAACGAGGAUGACGUGCAAGUGCAGAUUAUUGAGGAUGAACCGGAAGAGGAGCAGCCUUUGGAGCAUGACACCGAGAACCUCAUCGAUGGGCAGCUGCUACCCAAUGGUGACGUGGUGCAUGCAACAGAUGAGAAAGCCCCGCCCCGAAUCCGGCCCACACCCAGCCCGGUGCUAACCCGACUGCGUAUUGACAUGAUCAACGAAGAGCGCAAAGUAGUGCGCGGACGCAGUCGCGAAGAUCUCGUAGACCUGGAGCCGGAAGAUGAGGACGAGCCGCCGGAAGAGGAGCCAGUAGAGGAAGAAGACGCCGACGCCCAUCCCACUGCCCGGCCACGACGUCUCGAGAUCAACAUCAACGAGGCGGUCAAGCCGAUCCCGCCCUACAGCUCCUACUUUAUUUUUCAACCGGACAAUAAAUUCCGCGUUUUGUGCCACACCAUCACCAGUCAUCCGUACUUCACUAACGCUAUUCUGCUGUGCAUUCUGGUCAGUAGUUUCAUGUUGGGGAUUGAAGAUCCGGUGGCCAAACAAAGCGAUCUCAAUACAACGCUCAACUUUUUUGAUUACUUCUUUACGGCGGUAUUCUCAUUGGAAAUUCUCCUGAAAACCAUCGUCUCAGGAGUGAUUGCUCAUCCUGAGGCAUUUCUACGGAAUAAAUUCAACGUGCUGGACACGAUGGUAGUGGCCGUAUCCAUAAUUUCAGCUACCCUGGAGAAUUCUCAGUUCUCGGCCGUCAAGAUUCUCCGUGUAUGUCGUGUGUUGCGACCUUUACGUGCCAUUAACCGCGCAAAAGGCCUUAAGCACGUUGUGCAAUGUGUGGUGGUGGCUAUCAAAACCAUCUGGAAUAUUAUGCUAGUGACAUUUAUGCUCCAGUUUGUCUUUGCCAAUAUCGGAGUACAGCUGUUCAAGGGACGCUUUUCGGAAUGCAAUGAUCCAUCCAAGAGUACGGAAGACGAGUGCCAAGGCCAGUUUAUCAUUUACGAGGGCAACGAUUUGGACCAUCCGAAGAAAGCCGAAGACCGUGAAUGGUCCAACAAUAACUUCAAUUUUGAUAACGUGCCCAAGGCCCUGCUGACCUUAUUCACGGUGGCGACAUUUGAAGGAUGGCCGUCGUUAACGUACAAAGCCAUCGAUUCCAAUCAAGAAGAUCAAGGCCCGAUUUUCAACAACCGCCCUUACGUGGCCAUCUUCUUCAUCGUCUACAUUAUCAUCAUAGCGUUUUUUAUGGUCAACAUUUUCGUCGGUUUCGUCAUAGUCACCUUCCAAAACGAAGGUGAACAGGAAUACAAACACUGCGAACUGGAUAAAAAUCAGAGGAAAUGUAUAGAGUUCGCUCUGAAAGCCAAACCCAUCCGUCGGUACAUUCCCACAAACCGAUUCCAGUACCGCGUCUGGUGGCUGGUGACCUCGCAGCCGUUUGAGUACUUCAUCUUCGUACUAAUCCUGCUUAACACGGUCACGCUGGCCAUGAAGUUUCAUAAUCAACCGGAAGAGUUCACGCUGGCGCUGGACUAUCUGAAUAUCAUUUUCACCUCGCUGUUUGCCAUGGAAAGCGUUUUGAAGUUGAUUGCCUUUCGCUUCAAGAACUAUUUCGGCGACGCGUGGAACAGCUUCGACUUCAUCAUCGUCCUGGGCAGUAUCAUCGACAUCUGCUACUCCAAGUUCUUCUCGGACGGCCAGAAACUGAUCCGCGUCAACUUCUUCCGGCUCUUCCGCGCCAUGCGUCUCAUCAAACUGCUGGCCCGGGGGGAAGGCGUCCGCACCCUCCUCUGGACCUUCGUUAAAUCCUUCCAAGCCCUGCCUUAUGUCGCCCUCCUCAUCGUCAUGCUCUUCUUCAUCUACGCCGUCAUCGGGAUGCAGAUCUUCGGAAAGAUCGGGCUGGACAACGAAGAGAGCUUCAUCAACCGCAACAACAAUUUCCAGAAUUUCCCGCAAGCGGUGCUGGCGCUGUUCCGCUGCGCCACCGGGGAGAACUGGCAGGAAGUGAUGUUGUCGUGCGCGGGUCUGGAUAAGAAUCUGUGUGAUAAGGCCUCCGGGGAACCGGAGGGAACGGUGUGCGGGACGGCGUUCGCGUAUCCGUAUUUCAUUUCGUUUUAUAUUGUCUGCUCGUUUCUGAUCAUCAACUUGUUUGUGGCGGUCAUUAUGGACAAUUUUGACUAUCUGACGCGGGAUUGGUCCAUUUUGGGUCCGCACCAUCUGGAUGAGUUCAUCCGGUUGUGGAGCGAGUACGAUCCCGAUGCGCGGGGCCGGAUUAAGCAUCUGGACGUGGUGACUUUAUUGCGGAAGAUCAAUCCGCCGCUCGGGUUCGGCGCGCUGUGCCCGCAUCGUGUGGCGUGCAAGCGGCUGGUCUCCAUGAACAUGCCACUCAACGCCGAUGGGACGGUGAAUUUCAAUGCAACCCUCUUUGCUCUGGUCCGCACAUCGCUCGGCAUCAAAACCGAGGGAAAUAUCGACGAUGCGAACGCGGAAUUACGGUACAUCAUUAAGAAAAUCUGGAAAAGAACACCAAACCGUUUGUUGGAUCUCAUUAUUCCGGCGGCUGGAGAUGAUGAUGUAACCGUGGGCAAAUUCUACGCAACAUUCCUCAUACAAGACUACUUCCGCCGCUUUAAAAAGCGGAAAGAAAUGCAAAAUAAAGCUGCAAAGAAGAACGAGAACACGGUAGCGUUAACGGCCGGUUUGCGAACUUUGCACGAAAUUGGUCCGCAAUUAAAGCGGACGAUUUCUGGAACACUGGAUGAAACCGAAGGCGAAGAACCAAUGCAUCGGCGCAAUCAUUCGCUUUUCGGUACAUUAUUCCACCGCAGCCGCAGACGUUCCAAGAACCAGUCGCUACGGCUGACACCGGUGCAAAAACCCCGCCUAAUGACCGUCAACGGCACGGCCACGCCCUUCGCCAACGGAGCUGAUGCGCUGCGGCAUGCUCCGAAGAAUUCCGCCGUGAAGAAAGAGAAGGACACUCCCAACACCUCGUCCAGCGAGGUGAAAUCACGGAGAAUCCUGGAUAUUCCCAAGAUGGACUCCAAAGCCCGCAGCAUCCUGGGUGAAUACAAACGGCCCUUCGAUGGGACCGCGGAGAGUCCGUAUGUCCAGAGGAAAAAGCAGGAAACGGAGAGUCAUGAUUGGUGAUUUUUGAUCCCCCCGGUUCGCAGUGAUAGAAUGAUGUCGGUUUUGUAUUGUCUAUUGAACAUGUUUAUUAUGAAGAGGCGAGGUCGCUAAACGUUGUGCCAUAUCGCAAUAAAGAGAAAAUUA